CCAUCAUUGAUAAUGGCAGGAGGCGUUUCCUGUCUCCCGUUCGACGUCGCCGCGUUUCCUCCAUCCGGUCCCCGUUACCCCGGGCAACAGCGGAAUCGUCAGGGAAGGAAGGAAGGAAGAAGGAACCGGCAUCCAGUACUGUGGAUCAAAAGCACUAUCCAGCAGUUAUAGAUGGCAGAAGUGAAGUCGAUGUUCCGGGAGGUCCUGCCAAAACAAGGACAAUUGUCUGUGGAAGAUGUAACCACAAUGGUGCUGUGUAAACCCAAGCUUUUACCCUUAAAGUCUUUGACGUUGGAAAAACUGGAGAAAAUGCAGCAAGCAGCACAGGAUACAAUCCGCCAACAAGAAACGGCAGAGAAAGAAGACCAGCAAAUAGCCCACUGACAAGUACCACUUUAAGGGAACACCCAUCUUCCCUGUUCAGGAGCUAGAAACUAUUCUCCAUCUACAGGCUGAAAAUACAUAAUUAAUUAGACAUUCAUAAUUCUAAAAUGCAAAGUUUGGGAACUAAAAACAUUGGUUUGUGUUAAAAAGAAAAACUUUGAACCAAGUUUUAUUGAAUUUUGAAAAAGCUUUUAAGAUUAUAAAUUGCCUAUUGCUAUGAAGGUAAGAAAUUAAAUACAUCUUUUAUGGGUCAUGUCUAAUAGACACCUAAACCUGAAAAUAAACUCUAUUCUUGAAUAUAUUGUUGGGCUUAUAUAUUACCCCAAAACAAACUUAACCAGUUAUAUAACAUGUCAUGUUUAAUGGGAUGUGUAGCCUGACCGUAAUGACAGCAGUAAUAAACAAAACUGAUUUCUUAA